AUGCCAAAAGUAAGUAAAAGGAAAAGUCAAUUACAUGCUGCAAGAGCUUGUCGCGUGUCGAACGUAAAGGUUUCGGAUUCAAGUGAAUCGUCGGAGGUGGAAUAUCGCAUGGAUAUUGAUGAUGAAGAAUUACGUUUUAAAGACAAAAUUUUGCUAACCGACAUUGGUGAUCUUGCCGAAAUGGGGAAGUCGAAAAGUGACACGCAGUAUCUUAGCACUUUACUUUAUAUAUCGCUACGUUUCUUUAAUAUUAAAUGGGAAGAUGUCGAUGAUUAUUUGAAGAAUAUUGGUUUUAUGACAGCGAAAACCUCUCAUAAAUGGGCAACAGUAUUUAUCGAAGGAGAUUAUGAAGAGUUUUCAAGUGACUUACGUGGUGGCAAACACACUGAUUCUUUUUAUGAUGCAUUUCCCGAGAUUGAAGCAGAUGCGAAAGCAUUAAUCAUUCAAACGUGUUCACAAAAAUCCGGAGAAUUCAAGACUUUGGAUUUGGCUCAGUUUAUUGAUGAAAAAUACUAUGAAUUAACGGGAAUUAAAAAGCGAAGUGGUGACGAUUUGAUAAGAUCUGAAAGGAGUUGCCGUCUGGAUGUUCGUAGGUGAGGAGCUAAAUUUGAGGCAAAUUCACGGUAGGUUAUCAUUUCCCACAAAUUGUGGUUCCCUGAAUCGGUCCCUAAAUCAGGCCCACAUUUGUAGACAAUUAAAAGUUAAGUCAACUCUGGUAACCAAAGAGGGACUGCAAUUUAGGGACUUUUUAUUUUAGGGAUAUUUUUAAUAUAAAAUAUACUAUGCAUACCUAGACGUGUGACAAUUCCUCAUUGACGAACAAACGGGUUCGAUCAUUUAGUUCUUCUGAAAACAACUGGUAACCAGAUUCUACUUUUUGAAAAGAAACAUUUACUAGUUACAGUGUCUUUUGGAGGAUCUGAUGACCAGAUUCUUCUUUUUGAAAAGAAAUAUUUUCCAGUUGGAGGGUGGGGUAUUUAAUGAGUGAUGUGCUCAAGGAUAGACAUACCCGCAGCCCACAGCUAUAUCUUUAAAAAUAGCCCUAAAAUAGAAAGUCCCUAAAUUAUAGUUCCUACUUGGCCACCAGAGCUGACUUAUUGUUUAAUUAUCCACAAAUGUGGAUCUGAUUUAGGGACAGAUUCAGGGAACCAGAAUUUGUGGGAAAUGAUAGCCAUUCUAAUUCACAACGUCCAUAUUUCGAAGGACAUGAAAGAGAUGAUGUGGUGAAACAUCGUAAUGAAUUUAUUAAUUAUUUUCUAGCAAAUAAGGAUUUUUAUUACACAAUAAGUGAUGGUGACACGCCCAUGUGGAAUAUUCCAGCGUGAAGUCCUCAUAGAAUACUUAUAUGUAAGCACAGCAAUCAAAACUUUCAGAUGUAAUCCUAUGAUGGUUUAUUCUGCGUUUAUCUUUGC